CUUUGCCUUCAGGAUAUGGGGACUUCUUCUUAUUCUUUUCUUUUAUUCGAAUCUUCACAUUUUUGCCAACGAAGCCACUUAAGCAUAGCGGUAGAGGCUUCGAACUGAAUGUUUAAGAUGAAGCACGGCCGCAGCCGAAGACGGAGGCGAAAGCCUUACGUUGCCUCCUCCCAAGGACGAUGCCACUCCAAUAUUCUUCUAACACCUGAACUAGGUAGCCUUUGCAUUGCGUAAGCCACUACUCACUUCCCAUGCUAUCCUCCGUCUCUGCCGGAAUGUGAUUCAUCACUGCAGCGUAAAAGCGCGUCGCUUUCUUCUACGUAACGAGCCAAGGUCACGCGCCAACGAACCUCAACGUACAGCAAAUGAACAUGUCGCUGGACCUGGCCUUGAAUUUAAAGAAGACUUAUUAAAUCUCUUUCUCACCUCGCUACUUCCGGGCUCUUGCAAAUCGCUCGCACAAUGAGAGACCUCGACAAUCAUUUUGGUGCUUACAACCACCUUGCACACCUGCCACGUGCAGAUGAAGCUCUGUUCACCUUGCGCAAGGCUGCCUCAUGUGUAAAACCUUUGAUGCGAAAACGAGGAUGGCGCGUUGGUAUUCUCAGCGAAUUUCUUCCAGAUCAGCCCAAUCUGUUGGGCUUGAACACUAAUCGUGGCGAGCAUAUUCAGCUGAGACUUCGCCAUCCUGGUGAUUUUAAUCAGUUUCUACCGUUUGAACAGCUCUUGGACACUCUUUUACACGAACUUUGUCACAAUGUUUGGGGGCCUCAUGACGAGAACUUUCAUAAUUUGUGGAACGAACUUAGAGACGAAUGGGAAACGCUACAAAUGAAGGGAUUUUCAGGAGAAGGCUUUUUGGGCAAGGGUCAACAACUGGGAGGAUCUCGCAUACCAGUCGAGGAAGUACAGCGGAGAGCACGCGCUGCAGCGCAAGAGAGGGCAAAACUGAACAAGAAUAGACUGGAUCUAGGCCGACGUCUAGGAGGUAGCACUGCCACAGCUCCUCCACGUUCACGCACACGGCUUCGCGAUCUAAUUGCAAGCGCAGCACAAUCAAGAAGCAAAAUCAAUACCGUGAAUGUUGACUCUGGGUGUGCGACUGGCACGCAAGCAGGCAACAAAGCAGCUGAAGACGCCUUAAGGAAUGGCUUCCGAACUAAGGCAGAGAUGGAUGAUGCAAAUUCAAUAGCUAUAGCGCAGGCGCUGCAAGAGCUGUAUGAGCAAGAGGAGGACGACAGGAUCUUUGAGGGCCUCUCAGGACCACCGGCUACUGGGGGCUUGACAUGGGACCCAGAGGUGGGCCUUCAGGCCAUUGCCUCCGCUCCCGCAUCGCGAUCACCAACUCCAAAUCAACCAUUCGGUUCGGUGCAGCACCUGCCCAACGGGGAUUUUCGACCUGAAAACAAAACAACAGGGCUAAAAACAGAUAACACGUGGCAGAACGCGGUACAUGAUGUCAACCCUCAUGGCCGGCCAGUAUCAAGACUCGUCCGUGAAGCUGAAGCCAAGCAAAGACAGAGGGUCAAUCACGGCUACGCAAAGCCUACACCGGCGUUGCAGAACUGGUUGGAUAGUGAAACAGGUGCAAACUUUGGGACUGCGGUGCGGCCAAGAACAUCCAGUUCAACAGACGAUGCAUGUUGGGAAUGUUCACGGUGUACCUUUCACAAUCACGGCAUAAUGAGUAGAUGCGAAAUGUGCGAUAGCCCGAAAUCCUCAGGCACCUCUGUAUCGGCAUUGCGGCGGAAGCCUGUAUCGUCCUCAUCCUCAGUUACAGCUUCAAAUGCGACUGCAUCAAAACCUUUGGGCUGGGUUUGCGCUGUCUGUGGAACAUUUAUGGAGAGUAACUGGUGGACUUGCUCUAAUUGUGGUACUAUGAAGACAAGUUCGUGAUGUUAGCGGUCGUGGUCAGAAUUGUAUAGCAUAGAUUCCUCGAGCAUAUAUACAGCAUUAGCGAUGCGUUCAAAACCGUGCAAGAUCGGCAUGAAUUUGGUAAGACUUUUUGCUCUUGCAUGCCUUUAAGGUUUUGUACAAUACUUUUGUCCAAAGUUGAGUUGAACUGAGUUACUAAACAUGGCCUCUGACACCGCAGGUUGAGUUCAAAAUAUUUCCCACACCCGAUUCUUUGAUGGUUCCGG